UGGCUCGAAGCUCCCUGAUCGCUCCAUACUCCGGCCAUGAAGCGUCCUCUUGAAGAGUCCGGCAAUGCUGAUGGUCAGGCCCUUGACUUGCUUUGCUUUGCUCCACUGCGCCAGGGGCCAAAGCCGCCCAAGGCAUACAAAAACAACGACUUCCUGAACUCCACGGAGGCUCGACUGAUCCGCAUCAUGUGCGAGCUCGAGGAGCCCAAGGAACGGCUGCAUGCUGAGUCGGUGGACAACAUCGUCAUGUUCUUUGGCUCCGCGCGCGCAAAGCCCAAAGAUCAGUACGAGGCUGCCGUCCAGGAGGCCGAGGCAAAGGUCAAGGCCAAUCCUGGUGACGCGAAGCUGGCGUCCGCCCUCUCGCGCUUGAAGAAGCAAGAGUUCUUGAUCGGCAUGUUCGACGUGGUGCGGGAAACCUGCAGGCUACUGUCCGAGUGGAGCGCGAAGCGUAGCCAGCAGGGCCUACCAGAAUACCACGUGGGCACAGGCGGCGGGCCUGGAAUGAUGGCGGCGGCCAACGAGGGCGCAGCUCAAGCCAAGGGAAAGUCCAUAGGUCUUGGCAUCUCUGUGCCCUUCGAGGAUGGCUUGAAUCCCUAUGUCACGCCCAGUCUGGGCUUCGAGUUCCAUUACUUCUUCACCCGAAAGUUUUGGAUGGCCUUCAAGUGCAUGGGAUUGGUGGUGGCGCCUGGCGGCUUUGGCACUUGCGAUGAGCUCUUUGAGCUGCUGACCUUGAUGCAGACAGGGAAAAUCAAGCGACAGCUUCCUAUUGUCCUCAUCGGCAAGAAGUUCUGGAAGGAUUGCAUUCAGUGGGACGCGUUCGUGCACUACGGCAUGAUCUCUGAUUGGGACGCCCAGCAGCUGCGCUUCGCAGACACCGCCGAGGAGGCAAUGCAGCAUCUCAUCGAGGGUAUCGAAGCAGUGGAGGCUGCCGAGAAGGACAAGGAGAAGACCAAGAAAUGAGGUGGCAGCUUCGGGUGACGUCGCGGGGUGGUGUGGGAACCACCGUUCCGUCCGACCGUUUAAAACCUUGGCCGAUUGCCGCCCA